ACAGUUGCCCCGGUGAGGGAAACGGAGGCGCCAUAGCCACGGUAGUCGUGGCGACCAAGCAACCCGGCAACGCGAGUCAACAACAACAACCGCCCGGCCGACCCCCACCCCCACCCCCACCCUGCCCGGCCCGGGGACCCCGGCACGUUCCGUCCCCCUCCCAACGUCGCCUCCGAGACCUCUGGAAAGCCCUUCUGCGGAAGAAGUAGGAAGAAGCCGAGGAAGGAAAAAAAAAAAAGCCUUAUUUAUUAUCAUUUUCCCCACUGUUGGCAUGGCAACACCAGCGUACGUUACUGAGCUACAGGCAGCCCCACAACCAUCCCAGCCACCACAGGCCCCGCCCCAGCCACCACCGCCGCCCCCAGCAGCGCCCCAGCCCCCCCAGCCGCCCGCCACCGCUGCUACCCCCCAGCCCCAAUAUGUCACUGAGUUGCAGAGCCCCCAGCCCCAGGCACAGCCCCCAGGCAGCCAGAAGCAGUACGUGACGGAGCUCCCGGCCACCCCCACGCCCUCGCAGCCGGCUGGCGCACCCACCCCGUCCCCGGCGUCCCAGCAGUACAUCGUGGUCACUGUCUCCGAAGGCGCUAUGCGGGCCAGCGAGACUGUAUCGGAGGCCAGCCCGGGCUCCACAGCCAGCCAGACCGGCGUCCCCACUCAGGUGGUGCAGCAGGUGCAGGGCACCCAGCAGCGUCUGCUGGUCCAGACGAGCGUGCAGGCCAAGCCGGGCCACGUGUCACCCCUCCAGCUCACCAACAUCCCCGUGCCCCAGCAGGCUCUCCCCACGCAGCGUCUGGUGGUGCAGAGCACAGCCCCAGGCGGCAAGGGUGGCCAGGUUUCCCUGACGGUGCAUGGCACCCCGCAGGUGCACUCGCCCCCUGAGCGGUCGCCGGUGCAGGCCAACAGCUCCUCCAGCAAGACGGCUGGGGCCCCCACGGGCACAGUGCCUCAGCAGCUGCAGGUCCAUGGCGUUCAGCAGAGUGUCCCCGUCACCCAAGAGAGGUCCGUGGUCCAAGCCACUCCACAGGCACCCAAAGCCGGCCCCGUGCAGCAGCUCACAGUGCAGGGGCUCCCGCCAGUUCACGUGGCUCAAGAGGUGCAGCAGCUCCAGCAGGUGCCUGUCCCACACGUGUACUCCAGCCAAGUGCAGUAUGUGGAGGGUGGUGACGCCAGCUACACGGCCAGUGCCAUCCGCUCCAGUACCUACCCCUACCCGGAGACGCCGCUGUACACCCAGACAGCGGGCGCCAGCUACUACGAGGCCGCAGGCACCACCGCCCAGGUCAGCACGCCCGCCACCUCCCAGGCGGUGGUCAGCAGCGGCUCCGUGCCCAUGUACGUGUCCGGCGGCCAGGUGGUCGGCAGCUCCACCAGCAGCGGGGCUGGGGCCAGCAACGGCGGCGGCGGCGGCGGUGGCAGCGGCGGCGGCGGGGGAGGCGGCGGCGGGGGGGGCGGCGGCGGCGGCGGCGGAGCGGGCACCUAUGUGAUCCAGGGCGGCUACAUGCUGGGCAGUGCCAGCCAGUCCUACUCCCACACCACCCGUGCCUCGCCAGCCACCGUUCAGUGGCUCCUGGACAACUAUGAAACAGCAGAGGGAGUGAGCCUGCCGCGGAGCACGCUCUACUGCCACUACCUGCUGCACUGCCAGGAGCAGAAGCUGGAGCCUGUCAACGCCGCCUCCUUCGGCAAGCUCAUCCGCUCUGUCUUCAUGGGCCUGCGCACCCGGCGGCUUGGCACCAGGGGCAACUCCAAAUACCACUACUACGGCCUGCGCAUCAAAGCCAGCUCGCCCCUGCUGCGGCUGAUGGAGGACCAGCAGCACAUGGCCAUGCGGGGCCAGCCCUUCUCGCAGAAGCAGAGGCUCAAGCCCAUCCAGAAGAUGGAGGGCAUGACCAACGGUGUGGCCGUGGGGCCACAGCAGGCCACCGGGCUGUCCGACAUCAGCGCCCAGGUCCAGCAGUACCAGCAGUUCCUGGAUGCCUCGAGGAGUCUUCCUGACUUCUCAGAGCUUGACCUCCAGGGCAAAGUGCUCCCCGAGGGCAUCGGGCCCGGGGAUAUCAAGGCCUUUCAGGUCCUGUACCGGGAACACUGUGAGGCCAUUGUCGAUGUCAUGGUGAACCUACAGUUCACCCUGGUGGAGACGCUGUGGAAAACCUUCUGGAGGUACAACCUCAGCCAGCCCAACGAGGCGCCUCCGCUGGCUGUGCAUGACGAGGCUGAGAAGCGGCUGCCCAAGGCCAGCCUGGUGCUCCUCUCCAAGUUUGAGCCAGUGCUGCAGUGGACCAAGCACUGUGACAACGUGCUGUACCAGGGCCUGGUGGAGAUCCUCAUCCCUGACGUGCUGCGGCCCAUCCCCAGUGCCUUGACCCAAGCGAUCCGGAACUUUGCCAAGAGCCUGGAGAGCUGGCUCACCCAUGCUAUGGUGAACAUCCCUGAGGAGAUGCUGCGUGUGAAGGUGGCAGCGGCCGGCGCCUUCGCGCAGACACUGCGACGCUACACGUCGCUCAACCACCUGGCGCAGGCAGCGCGCGCCGUGCUGCAGAACACCGCGCAGAUCAACCAGAUGCUGAGCGACCUCAACCGCGUGGACUUCGCCAACGUGCAGGAACAGGCCUCGUGGGUGUGCCGCUGCGAGGACCGCGUGGUGCAGCGGCUGGAGCAGGACUUCAAGGUGACCCUGCAGCAGCAGAACUCACUGGAGCAGUGGGCGGCCUGGCUGGACGGCGUCGUGAGCCAGGUGCUCAAGCCCUACCAGGGCAGUGCCGGCUUCCCCAAGGCCGCCAAGCUCUUUCUCCUCAAGUGGUCCUUCUACAGCUCCAUGGUGAUCCGGGACCUGACCCUGCGCAGCGCUGCCAGCUUUGGUUCUUUCCAUCUCAUACGGCUGCUCUACGACGAGUACAUGUACUACCUGAUCGAGCACCGCGUGGCCCAGGCCAAGGGCGAGACCCCAAUCGCCGUCAUGGGCGAGUUCGCCAACCUGACCACCUCGCUGAACCCCCUUGACCCGGACAAAGACGAGGAGGAGGAAGAGGAGGAGGAGAGCGAGGACGAGCUGCCGCAGGACAUCUCGCUGGCGGCCGGCGGCGAGUCGCCCGCGCUGGGCCCUGAUGCUCUGGAGCCGCCGGCCAAGCUGGCACGGACAGACGCGCGUGGCCUCUUCGUGCAGGCGCUGCCCUCCAGCUAAGCCCGCGGCCUCCCCCGCCCCGCCCCGGCCCCCUGCCCGCCCGCCCGCCCCCACCGCCCAUCCACGCCAGGGUCC